UGCGUCAGUCUACAGAGGACCAGACACGCCAAGCAACAGUCUGUCAGUUUGAUAGCCAUUUCACCAGUCUCCCAGCCAGCCACCCAGCAAACGCAAGCAAUCAGUGACACAGUCCACAUCAGCCACUCAGCCACCUCUGUGUCGACCAGCCAUGUGGUUGCUAUGGCUCGCGGCAGUGGCGGCAGUGUCGACAUUGGCGCUCCCAGACACGCCAGACUACCAGAUAUGCGCCAACGGACUCUUCAGCCAGGUGAAACAGAAGUUCGACUCAGACAUGAACGCCUUGGAUGACAAGUUAAUGAACGUCACGUUCCAAAUUGAACAGCUGUGCGCAGGCACACCCAGACCAGCGGUACCUGAAGGCACCCAGGAAGUCUCCGGCUCAAAUCCGAUGCUGACAAUGUUGCAGAAAAUUGAGAUUAUGGAGGAGACACUAAACCAAAUGCAGAGAAAGCUGAACGCAUCAGCAACGAAACCCAAUUUAACUGAGAUGCAGAACUCUGUCGACAGUUCAAUAGAGGCAAGCAAGGUGGAAGUCCAGACAUUGUUGGAAAGUACUGUGAAGAAGCAGGAUGUUAAAGAUAUAUUUAAUGGGGGUAUGAAUGAAGUGGUGAAGGCGCUGGAGCAUUUUGCAAACAAGGACACUGUUCUAGUGACGCUGAAUGGAAGCGUGUACAAGAUGGAAACGGAUUUCGUGGAGAGGACUGAACGCUUAGAGGAGAUGGUGACACAGAUUUUAAACUUUACACGUCUCCAUCCACCCUCCACCACUACGCCAUCAGGACCCGUCUACCCCUGCAAGGACUCCACCUUUCCCGGCAGUCCUGGGUAUGACGUGUGUCAGGCAGCCGUGCGGUUCAACAGAUGCCGCCUGCAGACCGUGGCCUACCACUGUUGCCACACGUGCACCUCUCACAACAAACUGCCGGAGAUGGGGCCGUGGCGCUACGAGAACGCCAGCAGAGUUGUAAACACCCUUGAUGUGUUGAGAUUCUUUACCCUGUGAUGGAGCGGUGGUAGAGUUAAUGUUGUGUCUUCCUGGCUGGUUUCUUCGUCAGGAGGAUCUUGUUUCCUUCCCAGACGUGUCCCAAAGUGGUUCCUUACACUUUUGUGGGAACGUAAGAGGACCCGCAGUGGGGAGGGGAAGGAAGAGCUAGCAGUGUGUAUUGUAAUCAAAAUAUCAAAUAUUUCCCUGCUUACUGGACAUAAUAAACUGAAAACAAAA